UACUUAAGAAAACUGGACGAAAAUCAAGCCUAAAUGGUAAUAUAAAUUUACUAUCAACUGGUCAAAAUGCUUAUUUAGCACCACGCCUUAUCUCAAGAUCUUUAUCCCCCUCUUCAGAGCCAAUCAGAGCGCCUGCUGAAAACU